AACAACGAUGAUGAUUUGAUUCUGCAUCAAGGGGAGGGCCUGAUGAUUCUGAUGAUGACGUCACGCCUCUUUAAGAUCUCGAUCGCCCUUGGUAACAAAGCCCGACCUCAUGUUCCUUGGUGUUGCUAAUUGCCAACUUGUAUGCAUCUUAUCAGAAGUUGAACCAUUCAAGCUUGUCAAGACCUGUUCGUCUCGUUACCGACACUAUCACUUCUGCACCGAGAGGCAGAUCACAUGCUCCUCGUCGCAAGGGUCCUGCCAAGAACGUAUCGACUUCGCUACCAGACUCCAGCCAAACGGGCCUUUCACUACAUUCUCGAAAUGACAACUAUCCGGAUGCCAAAACGAUCUUUCUCAAGCAGUCCAGAGGUCGAGGAGAUCAAACCUGUCAGUCCAAGGACCGCUUCCAAGGCUAAGAGUACUCAAAAGUCAACAACACCUAGGAAGAGGACCAAAGUCUCGCCAGUCCCCGGCCCAGUUCCCAAAACCGCUGCAGAAGAGUUCGGAGACGAAUGGCUAGACUGGCCAGCACCGAGACCAGCCAUCAAGGCGGCUCAGGAGUUCAUCAAGGACAUUGCUGCUAACAAGCGGAAGGUCUUGCUUGUUCCGGACAAGGAUGCAGAUGGUCUCUCAGCGGGAUACGUUCUGCACAAGACGCUCGAACUUCUAGGUUUACCAGCCGACCACAUCUAUGUCCACGUCCUAUCAAAGGGUACCAACGUACAUUCGGAAGCCGAAGUGAACGCCAUGGAACGGAUGGUAGAUGAGAAUGGGAUUGAGAGGGUGGUCGUCCUGGACCAAGGAAGCCGGCCAGGCAAGAUUGUCGGGAAUUUGCCGGAUGGAGGAAAGGCUCUUCUGCUGAUCGAUCACCAUCAAUCGGAGGAGUUUCCACCCGAUGCUGUGGUCCUCACAGCGUGCCAUACCUCGCCGAUCGCCACGACAUCCCUUUUGACAUAUAUGACAUGUCUACCUCUUCACUCGAACGUUCAAGAAGCCUGUGACUGGGCUGCUCUCAUGGGAUACAUCGGCGAUCUUGGUACGGGGACAAAAUGGGGGCAGGCGCCAUGGCCGGCGCAUAUCGCGGUGUGUUCCCGAAGAUAUGGGGGCAAGACGAUUGCGGAUGCCGUAGGUGCUGUCAACGCACCAAGACGGACAGCGGAGUACAACGUGAAGAAAGCUUGGGAUAUCUUGCUAGCAGCAUCGGAACCGAAAGAAGUCGCUCUGAAUGCAUGGCUCAAGCUUUGUCGCCUGGAUGUCAAUGACGAGAUCGAAAAAUGGGCGCGAGUCCCCCCUCGUUUUUCUGCGGAUGGUCGAGUUGCGUUACUACGCGUUGACAGCGGGUUUCAAAUCCAUCCUGUCAUUGCGACCCGAUGGGCCGGAACACUACGCAAUGCAAAGACGAUGCUCAUGACCAUGUGCGCAAAUACAGGAUUCAACCCUGAUCCGACGAAGGUGUCGUUCUCCUGUAGAGUAUCUUCGGGUCUACGACACUUGCCGGACGAAGAGCGACCCAACCUGAUUGCGCUUCUAAAAGAGUACGGCGAUUCGGUAGAGGGCUUUCGAGAACGCGUCGGGGAUGACUUCGCUAGAGGACACAAAGAAGCCACCGGAGGCAUCAUACACAAGGAUGAAUUCGAAAAAUUGAUCGUAGCAAUGGGAAUCGACGAGAACGCGCCGCGGAAGAAAGCUAGUGAAAGCAAGAGCAGUGCCAAAGCCAAGUCAGUCGAUCCAAACCAGAAAGCUUCAGUCAAGGAUUUCUUUCGGGUAGUACCAAGGGAUGCAGAAGCGUCGGGCGCAAACGAAAGCAAGAUAAAGGACGUCAAGCCUUCUACAUGAUCAUACAGAUCUUAGUAGUUCAUUCCCCUCAUACGUUGCUCCGGAGUAAGU